AUGGUGGUGGAGCCGGCUGUGUGUGUUCAGCAAGCCCUGUUCAGCCACGGUCCGUGCCAGGCACAGAGAUGCAGCUUCCAGCUCGUGGAGCUCCUGUCUGGCCCAGCUGGCCAGCAAGUGCCCCCGGAGUCACAGAAGGGUGCAGUAGAGACCAGGCUGGCUGGACGUGAGGCUGCAUGUGACAGGUCCUCCAAGUCUGCACUUGGGAGUGGGGAAGGCCAGGGCCAGAUCCUGCAGCGCUUCCCAGAGAAGGACUGGGAGGACAACCCAUUCCCCCAGGGCAUCGAGCUGUUUUGCCAGCCAAGUGGGUGGCAGCUGUGUCCUGAGAGGAACCCGCCAACCUUCUUUGUUGCUGUCCUCACCGAUAUCAACUCUGAGCGGCACUACUGCGCCUGCCUGACCUUUUGGGAGCCUGUGGAGCCCACGCAGGACGGGUUGUGCACCCAGGACGCCGCCGAGAGGGAGGAGGAGGCCGAUGAGGGAGGCCCAGUGCGACCGUCACCCACGGCAUCUGGCUCCCCGGGCCAGCUGUUUGCUCCGAAGACGCUGGUGCUGGUAUCUCGACUGGACCACGCGGAGGUGUUCAGGAACAGCCUUGGUCUCAUCUACACCAUCCACGUGGAGGGCCUGAACGUGGGCCUGGAGAGUGUGGUGGGGAACCUGCUGACGUGCAUCAUCCCCCUGGCCGGGGGCUCGCAGAGAACCAUCUCUUUAGGAGCUGGUGACCGGCAGGUCAUCCAGACCCCACUCACCGACUCGCUGCCUAUCAGCCGCUGCAGCGUGGCCCUGCUUUUCCGCCAGCUGGGCAUCACCAACGUGCUGUCCCUGUUCUGUGCUGCGCUCACGGAGCACAAGGUGCUCUUCCUGUCCCGGAGCUACCAGCGCCUCUCCGAUGCCUGCCGGGGGCUUCUGGCACUGCUGUUCCCUCUUAGAUACAGCUUCACGUAUGUGCCCAUCCUGCCGGCGCAGCUCCUGGAGGUGCUCAGCACGCCCACACCCUUCAUCAUCGGAGUCAACGCCGCCUUCCAGGCAGAGGCCCAAGAGCUGCUGGAUGUGAUUGUUGCUGAUCUCGAUGGAGGGACAGUGACUGUCCCUGAGUGUGUGCACAUCCCACCCCUGCCGGAGCCACUGCAGAGUCAGACGCACAGUGUUCUGAGCAUGGUCCUGGAUCCAGAGCUGGAGUUGGCCGAUCUUGCGUUCCCUCCACCCACAAUGUCUACUUCCUCCCUGAAGAUGCAGGAUAAGGAGCUGCGUGCUGUCUUCCUACGGCUCUUUGCUCAGCUCCUGCAAGGCUACCGCUGGUGUCUGCACAUGGUCCGCAUCCACCCGGAGCCUGUCAUCCGUUUUCAUAAGGCGGCCUUCCUGGGCCAGCGCGGGCUGGUGGAGGACGACUUCCUGAUGAAGGUGUUGGAGGGCAUGGCCUUCGCAGGCUUCGUGUCGGAACGCGGGGUCCCCUACCGCCCAACAGACCUAUUUGAUGAGCUGGUGGCCCACGAGGUGGCAAGGAUGCGGGCAGACGAGAACCACCCUCAGCGUGUCCUGCGUCAUGUCAAGGAACUGGCGGAGCAGCUCUACAAGAACGAGAACCCAUACCCCGCUGUGGCUAUGCACAAGGUGCAGAGGCCAGGGGAGGCAAGCCACCUGCGGCGGGCGCCCCGGCCCUUCCCCCGGCUGGACGAGGGCAUGGUGCAGUGGAUAGUGGACCAGGCCGCGGCCAAGAUGCAGGGCGCACCCCCGGCCGUGAAGGCUGAGAGGAGGACCACUGUGCCCUCAGGGCCCCCCAUGACUGCUAUCCUUGAGCGGAACAGCGGGCUCCAUGGCAACAGCGCGCGCCGGCUGGAGGUGGUCCGCAACUGCAUCUCCUACGUGUUUGAGGGGAAGAUGCUCGAGGCCAAGAAGCUGCUUCCAGCUGUGCUGAGGGCACUGAAGGGGCGUGCAGCCCGCCGCUGCCUUGCCCAGGAGCUGCACCUGCAUGUGCAGCAGAAUCGGGCUGUCCUGGACCACCAGCAGUUCGACUUCGUUGUCCGCAUGAUGAACUGCUGCCUGCAGGACUGCACCUCCCUGGACGAGCACGGUGUCGCAGCUGCCCUGCUGCCCCUGGUCACGGCCUUCUGCCGGAAGCUGAGCCCAGGGGUGACGCAGUUUGCGUACAGCUGCGUGCAGGAGCACGUGGUGUGGAGCACGCCGCAGUUCUGGGAGGCCAUGUUCUACGGGGAUGUGCAGACUCACAUCCGGGCCCUCUAUCUGGAGCCUGCCGAGGACCGAGACCCCUCUCAGGUCGGGGAGGUGCCUGGAUGGGAGGACGAGCGCUCGGCCCUGGACGUGGCAUCUGAGCAGAGGCGCCUGUGGCCCACCCUGAGCCGCGAGAAGCAGCAGGAGCUGGUGCAGAAGGAGGAGAGCACAGUGUUCAGCCAGGCCAUCCACUAUGCCAACCGCAUGAGCUACUUGCUGCUGCCCCUGGACAGCAGCAAGAGCCGGCUGCUGCGGGAGCGUGCAGGGCUGGGCGACCUGGAAAGCGCCAGCAACAGCCUGGUCACCAACAGCAUGGCGGGCAGUGUGGCAGAGAGUUACGACACGGAGAGCGGCUUCGAGGACGCAGAGACCUGCGAUGUGGCGGGGGCCGUGGUCCGCUUCAUCAACCGCUUCGUGGACAAGGUCUGCACGGAGAGUGGGGUCACCAGCGACCACCUCAAGGGGCUGCAUGUCAUGGUGCCAGACAUCGUCCAGAUGCACAUCGAGACGCUGGAGGCCGUGCACAGAGAGAGCAAGAGGCUGCCCCCCAUCCAGAAGCCCAAACUGCUUCGGCCACGCCUGCUGCCCGGCGAGGAGUGUGUGCUCGAUGGCCUGCGUGUCUACCUGCUACCCGAUGGGCGUGAGGAAGGUGCCGGGGGCAGCGGGGGCGGCCCCGCACUGCUUCCAGCUGAGGGCGCCGUCUUCCUCACCACAUACCGGGUCAUCUUCACGGGGAUGCCCACCGACCCCCUGGUGGGGGAACAGGUGGUGGUCCGCUCCUUCCCGGUGGCCGCGCUGACCAAGGAGAAGCGCAUCAGCGUCCAGACGCCUGUGGACCAGCUCCUGCAGGACGGGCUGCAGCUGCGCUCCUGCACCUUUCAGCUGCUGAAGAUGGCCUUUGAUGAGGAGGUGGGGUCUGACAGCGCUGAGCUCUUCCGCAAGCAGCUGCACAAACUGCGGUACCCGCCGGACAUCAGGGGCACCUUCGCGCUCACCCUGGGCUCCGCCCACACACCUGGCAGGCCACCCCGCACCACCAAGGACAAAGGUCCUUCCUUCAGGACGCUGUCCCGGAACCUCGUGAAGAACGCCAAGAAGACCAUCGGGCGGCAGUAUGUCACUCGGAAGAAGUACAACCCGCCCAGCUGGGAGCACCGGGGCCAGCCACCCACUGAGGACCAGGAGGAUGAGAUCUCAGUGUCAGAGGAGCUGGAGCCCAGCACGCUGACCCCUUCCUCGGCCCUGAAGCCCUCGGACCGCAUGACCAUGAGCAGCCUGGUGGAGCGGGCAUGCUGCCGCGAUUACCAACGCCUGGGCCUGGGCACACUGAGCAGCAGCCUGAGCCGGGCCAAGUCUGAGCCCUUCCGGAUCUCCCCGGUGAACCGCAUGUACGCCAUCUGCCGCAGCUACCCCGGGCUGCUGAUCGUCCCCCAGAGCGUCCAGGACAAUGCCCUGCAGCGCGUUUCCCGCUGCUACCGCCAGAAUCGCUUCCCCGUGGUCUGCUGGCGCAGCGGACGCUCCAAGGCCGUGCUCCUGCGCUCAGGGGGCCUGCAUGGCAAAGGGGUCGUUGGCCUCUUCAAAACCCAGAACGCGCCAUCUCCAGGCCAAUCCCAGGCGGACUCAAGCAGCCUGGAGCAGGAGAAGUACCUGCAGGCUGUUGUCAGCUCCAUGCCACGCUAUGCUGACGCGUCUGGACGCAAUACCCUCAGCGGCUUCUCCUCAGCCCACAUGGGCAGCCACGUGCCCAGCCCCAGAGCCAGGGUCACCACGCUGUCCAACCCCAUGGCGGCCUCGGCCUCCAGACGGACCGCGCCCCGAGGUAAAUGGGGCAGUGUCCGGGCCGGUGGGCGCAGUGGGGGGCUCAGCAGUGAUGUAGGCUCCCGGCUAGCAGGCAGAGACAUGCUGAGCCCACCCCAGGCCAAUGGGGCCCCCCCUGACCCAGGCUUCCUGCGGCCCCAGCGUGCAGCCCUCUACAUCAUUGGAGACAAAGCCCAGCUCAAGGGUGUGCGGCCAGACCCGCUGCAGCAGUGGGAGCUGGUGCCCAUUGAGGUGUUUGAGGCACGGCAGGUGAAAGCCAGCUUCAAGAAGCUGCUGAAGGCAUGUGUCCCUGGCUGUCCUGCCACUGAGCCAGGCCCAGCCUCCUUCCUGCGCUCGCUGGAAGACUCAGAGUGGCUGAUUCAGAUCCACAAGCUGCUGCAGGUGUCGGUGCUGGUGGUGGAGCUCCUAGACUCGGGCUCCUCGGUCCUGGUGAGCCUGGAGGACGGCUGGGACAUCACCACUCAGGUGGUGUCCCUGGUGCAGCUGCUCUCAGACCCUUUCUACCGCACUCUGGAGGGCUUCCGUCUGCUGGUGGAGAAGGAGUGGCUGUCCUUUGGCCAUCGCUUCAGCCACCGCGGGGCCCACACCCUGGCUGGGCAGAGCAGUGGCUUCACACCUGUCUUCCUGCAGUUUCUGGACUGCGUGCACCAGGUCCACCUACAGUUCCCCAUGGAGUUCGAGUUCAGCCCAUUCUACCUCAAGUUCCUUGGCUACCACCACGCGUCCCGCCGCUUCCGGACCUUCCUGCUUGACUCGGACUAUGAGCGCAUUGAGCUGGGUACGGGCUGCAGGGCCGGGGCCUUGGUCGUAAGGGUGCGGCAUGGUCGCGGGGCGGGGCGGCCUGACGCCAUCUCCCGGCUGCUGGAGGAGCUGCAGCGGCUGGAGACAGAGCUGGGCCGACCCCCUGAGCGCUGGAAGGACGCCUGGGACCGGGUGAGAGCUGCACAGCGCCUUGAAGGCCGGCCAGACGGACGUGGAGCGCCCAGCUCCCUGCUGGUGUCCAGUGUGCCCCACCACCGCCGCUCGCUGGGGGUGUACCUGCAGGAGGGGCCUGCGGGCUCCACCCUGAGCCUCAGCCUGGACAGCGACCACAGCAGCGGCUCAACCGCGUCUGGCUCCCGCCAGGCAGCCCGCCGCAGCACCAGCACCCUGUACAGCCAGUUCCAGACAGCUGAGAGUGAAAACAGGUCCUACGAGGGCACCCUGUACAAGAAAGGGGCCUUCAUGAAGCCCUGGAAGGCCCGCUGGUUUGUGCUGGACAAGACCAAGCACCAGCUGCGCUACUAUGACCAUCGUGUGGAUACCGAGUGCAAGGGCGUCAUCGACCUAGCAGAGGUGGAGGCCGUGUCCCCUGGCACCCCCACGAUGGGUGCCCCCAAGACCGUGGAUGAGAAGGCCUUCUUUGAUGUGAAGACGACACGUCGUGUUUACAACUUCUGUGCUCAGGACGUGCCGUCAGCCCAGCAGUGGGUGGACCAGAUCCAGAGCUGCCUGUCAGACGCCUGAGCCCGGCCCUGCGUCCAGUCGUCCACUCGUUGCAGACCACUAGGGGUGGGCAGGGCCCCCCGGCCAUGUUUACAGCCCCCGCCCUUGACAGUAUUGAGGCCCCGCCCCUGAUGUGUGUACAGUCCCCGCCCAGCCCCACCCUGCCCGCCGGCUCUAACUUAUUUUGGAGUCGCAGCUGACCGCCACCGGGAGCAGCCAUGGUACAGCCCCUCGCCGUCGGCCUGUAAAUAGUCCACUCCCACCCGCCCUGUCAAUGUGCUGGCCCCGGCAGGCCGGCCGCAGGCAACCUGCUCCUAGAACCAGAAUCUAUAAAGAGAGCUAAUGACAAGCCA